CCUCAUUGACUUUGAUAGCUUCUACAACGCCCGCCUUUUGAUCAAUUUCGACACUAUACCCCUCGUUAGAAGCUCCAGACACCGUUCUAUCACCACAUUCAAUUAUUAUCCACAAUGCCUCCCAAGAAAUCCUCCACCGGUACACCAAAGAAGGCCGCUGCCAGCGCACCCAGCCAUGCCUCUUACAUCGAUAUGGUAAAAGAUGCUGUUAUCAAGCUGAAGGAACGUAAUGGAUCAAGCCGUCAAGCUAUCCAAAAGUACAUCAAGGCGAACAACAAUGUUGAGAACCUCACCGAUGCCAUGUUCAAGAGCCUUGUCAACCGGGCUAUCGCCUCCGGCGAGGACAAGGGUGACUUCACACGUCCCAAGGGUGCUUCUGGAACAGUAAAGCUUGCUAAGAAGGAGGCCAAGCCUGUCGCCGCCGCGAAGAAGGAGAAGGCCGAGCCCAAGGUUGAGAAGAAGGCCGCCCCAGUCAAGAAGGCCGCUGCUCCCAAGAAGGCUACUGCUACUAAGGCUAAGGCUACCACAACCGCCGCCGCCACCAAGAAGGCACCUGCCGCCAAGAAGGCUGCCGCUCCCAAGAAGACCGCCGCAACAAAAGCCGCCCCUAAGAAAGAGGCUGCCCCCAAGAAGGAGGCUGCACCCAAGAAAGCCCCCGCCGCCCCCAAGGCCCCUGUCGGAAGGCCCAAAGCCAACGCCGGCAGGCCACGCAAGACCGCCGCCGCUGCACCAGCUCCCGCCGUCGAGGCAGAAGUAUCCCGCGUCCUCGGCAAGACCAAGUCCGGGCGCGUAACCAAAACCACCGCUCCCAAAACCGCCGCCAAGGCAACCCCACAAAAGAAGGCUGCCGCCCCCAAGAAGGCCGCCGCGUCAAAGAAGGCUACCCCUAAGAAGACGGCAACACCAAAACGCACACCAAAGAAGGCCCAGGCAUAAGCAACCCUCCCCACUUCCAGGGCCCUUUUUCUUCCUUCUUGUUCAAACAUGGUCUCAUUGGCUGCUGCCUGUGUGCGGGGCUUCGACGCGUCGCUCGCCUCAGUGCCGGGGACUUGUAUCGUGAUAUCCCUCUUUUCUCUCUCUCUCAAUCUCUCUCUACGACGUCGUGGGUUCUCUCUGAAACGGGGGUAUGGCAUGGGAACGGAUCGGGCGUUUUUGUCUCUGGGUCUGGUCUGUUCGUCCGUGUAUCUGACUGGGGGUUCCAUCAUGUUGGCUGGCGUUUUUCCUGGCGCGUUUCGUCUGAGUGGCUGGCUGUGCAUGUUUUCUAUUGUUUUUUGUCAAGCGAGAAUCUUGCCCUUUUUGGGGGGGCGAGAUGUAGAUACGACGUGAUGUUAUCGUCGGAAUGAAAUACU